AUGGAGAAACUGCUCCCUGCAAAGUGCUCUCAAGAACUCUGGUUUGGCGUUCUAAUCUCCUUUGCUUUGUGCUUUAUAUUGCUUUCCUUUGAUUAUUCAACCUUUUUUAGUGUCAACAAUCUUUUGGUCAACACACAACAAGUUGACCCAAUUGGUAUUUUGAAGAACCAAACCCUUUCAAUUACAGACCAGCCCAGCACAGAAUCAUGCUCUGGUCGUUUUGUUUAUAUGCAUGAUGAUCUUCCUGAAAAAUUCAACCAUGACUUGCUCAAGAACUGUAAAUAUCUUACUAGGGGGACUGAUAAGCCCAAUUUGUGUCCUUACUUUGAGAAUUUUGGUUUUGGUCCUGAAAUUGAGAACAAUGAAGGGGUUUUGGCCAAUGAGAGUUGGUUUUCCACAAACCAGUUCUUGUUGGAGUUCAUAUUCCACAACAAGAUGAAGCAUUAUGAGUGUUUGACAAAAAACUCCACUCUGGCUUUAGCCGUUUAUGUCCCAUUCUAUGCUGGCCUUGAUGCCAGCCUCCAUCUGUGGGAUUCUAACCUCACGGUCAGAGACUCUUCGGCAAAAGAGCUUGUCGAUUGGCUUUCGAGAAAACCCGAAUGGAAGAAAAUGUGGGGGAGAGACCAUUUCUUGGUUGCUGGGAGGAUUUCAUGGGAUUUCAGGAGGCAAACAGAUGAUGUUUCUGAUUGGGGUAGUAAACUGAGGUGGUUGCCUGAGUCUAUGAACAUGAGUAUGUUAUCAGUUGAAGGAAGCUCAUGGAAAAAUGACUAUGCUAUACCAUACCCUACAAAUUUUCAUCCUUCAAAGGACAUUGAAUUGGUUCAAUGGCAGGACAGAAUGAGAAAGCUAGAAAGGCCUUAUUUGUUCACUUUUGCUGGGGCACCAAGGCCUGACCAGCAGAGUUCGAUUCGGGGCAAAAUUAUAGAUCAGUGCCUAGCUUCAAGCACUUGUAAGUUAAUAGAUUGUAGUUCUGGUGGGAACAUUGAUUGUGACAACCCGGCUAGUGUAAUGAGGGUGUUUCAGAGCUCAGUUUAUUGCUUGCAGCCUGGAGGGGAUUCAUACACUAGGAGAUCAGCUUUUGAUUCUAUUUUGGCUGGUUGUAUACCCGUUUUUUUUCAUCCGGGUACCGCUUAUUCUCAAUACUUGUGGCAUUUGCCAAAGAAUCAUAGCAGCUACUCUGUGUUCAUUCCAGUGAGGGAGGCAAAAGAUGUGCCAGCCAGCAUUGAGGAAAUCUUGCUUGGCAUUUCAGAGGAUAAGGAAUUUGCCAUGAGAGAGGAGGUUAUAAGGUUAAUUCCAAACCUGGUUUAUGCAGAUCCCAGGUCAAGAUUAGAGACCGCAGACGCAUUCGAUUUAGCUGUGAAGGGAAUUCUUGAGAGGAUAGAGGAUGUUAGGGAGGUGAUUAGGGAGGGGAAGGAUCCUAGUAUUGGUUUUGCUGAUGAGGAUAGUUACAAGUACACAUUUCCUCAGACACAAGAACAAGCUUGA